GUCAAAGAGUCCAAGCCCCCUCUGUAUAUCUAAUUAUAAAAGAUUACGGAGAGGAACACCGCACCUUACUUCCUCCUACGUGUAGUGGGGGAAGAGUGGGGGGUGGGACAGAGAGAGAGAGAGAGGGAGAGAGCGAGAUUCUGUGUGUCAACAAUGGCGGAAACCCACGACGGAGCUCCCCACUUGCUCGUGAUACCGUUCCCGGCGCAGGGGCACAUGCUCCCACUCUUCGACCUCGCCCACCUCCUCGCGAGGCGCGGCGUGGCCGUGACCGUGGCCGUGAGCUCGGGGAACCUCCCCCUCCUCUCCCCUCUCCUCUCCAAGUCCCCCUCCAUCCAGCCCCUCUCCCUCCCCCUCUCCCACCCCUCCCUCGCCCCGGGCCUCGAGAACGCCAAGGACAUGGCCCCGACCUACUUCGGCAUCCUGAUGCUCGCCCUCGCCUCCCUCCACGGCCCGCUCGUCUCCUGGGCCCGGGCCCACCCCAGGCCCGUCUGCGCCGUCGUCUUCGACUUCUUCGUGGGCUGGGCCCAGCCCCUCGCCGCCGAGCUCGGCGUCCCCGGCUUCGUCUUCUCCCCCUCCGGCGUCCUCGGCACAGCCGUGAUCCACUCCCUCUUCCUGCGCGUGCCCAAGAGGCCCGAGAGCGAGGGCGAGGGCGAGGACUACCUCGUCCCCUUCCCCUCCAUACCCAAUUCCCCGAGCUACCCCUUGUCCAAGCUCUCCCGCCUCUUCAGGUCGUACAAGGAAGGCGACCCGCUCUCCGAAUCCGUGCGGCGCAACUUCCUCUGGAACCUCGAGAGCCACGGCUUCGUCGCGAACUCGUUCGAGGCGCUCGAGGCGGCCUACUUGGAGCGCCCGCUCGACGAUCUCGCGCGGAAGCGGGUGUGGGCGGUGGGGCCCCUGGUCGCCGCGGCCGCGGAGGCCGGCGCCGCCGACCACCGCGGCGGGCCCAGCUCGGUGCCGGCGGCGGAGGUGUCGGCGUGGCUCGACCGGAGCGGGGCGGUGUUCGUGUGGGCGGCGCGGGGGGGCACGGAGGUGCCGGAGGGGUUCGAUAAGAGGGUCGGGGGGCGGGGGCUGGUGCUGCGGGGGUGGGCCCCGCAGGUGGCGAUACUGGCGCACGCGGCGGUCGGGUGGUUCGUGACGCACUGCGGCUGGAACUCGCUGGUGGAGGCGGCGUCGGCCGGGGUGGCGAUGCUGACGUGGCCGAUGACCGCCGACCAGCACGUGAACGCGCGGCUGCUGGUCGAGGAGGCCGGCGUGGCGCUCCCCGCGUGCGACGGCGGUUUGGCGGCGGUGCCCGACCCCCACGAGCUCGCGCGGACGCUGGCGGAGGCGGUGCGCGGCGAAAGAGGGAGGGCGGUCAGGGAUCGGGCCAAGGAGCUCGGAAGGAAGGCGGUGGAGGCGGUGAGGGAAGGCGGGAGCUCCUACAGAGCCCUGGAGGAGUUCGUUCAGGAGUUGCACAAUUUGAACGCUAAAAAUAAUUAAUCUUCUGUACUGAAAAAGAGAUAAUAAUGAAGGCUAUAUUUUCGUCUUUCUUUAGAUGCCUUCGCAUUUCCAAACAGUUUUAAAGGGAAAGCUAGUUGCAGUACAUCUGCUUUCAUAAGGGUCAAAUUUGA